AUGGGGCUGAACCUGGAGAUGCGAGGAGGAGGAUCUGACCUAUCAGAAGGCGGGGUUGAAUUUCUCGCUCGUCUCAACGGCUCCAGCCCGGUGCCUGUACCCCCGCCUCGGACACCUUUCGAUGAUCCCUUCUUUGUCGUGGAAACACUGUGUAUCUGUUGGUUCUCCUUCGAGCUGCUGGUGCGCCUGGUGGCCUCCCCGAGCAAGGCGGCCUUCUUCAAGAACGUGAUGAACCUCAUCGAUUUUGUGGCCAUCAUGCCUUACUUUGUGGCACUGGGCACGGAGCUGGCCCGCCAGCGGGGGGUCGCGCAGCCGGCCAUGUCGCUGGCCAUCCUGCGAGUCAUCCGCUUGGUGCGCGUCUUCCGCAUCUUCAAGCUUUCCCGCCACUCCAAGGGCCUGCAGAUCUUGGGGCAGACGCUGCGGGCCUCCAUGCGGGAGCUGGGCCUCCUCAUCUUCUUCCUAUUCAUCGGGGUGGUCCUCUUCUCCAGCGCCGUCUACUUUGCCGAGGUCGACCGGCCGGACACCUAUUUCACCAGCAUCCCCGAGUCCUUCUGGUGGGCAGUGGUCACCAUGACCACCGUCGGCUACGGAGACAUGGCGCCGGUCACUGUGGGCGGCAAGAUCGUGGGCUCCCUGUGCGCCAUCGCUGGCGUGCUGACCAUUUCCCUGCCCGUGCCUGUCAUUGUCUCCAACUUCAGCUACUUUUACCACCGGGAGACGGAGGGCGAAGAGGAAGGCAUGUACAGCCAUGUGGACACACAGCCCUGUGGCACCCUAGAGGGCAAGGUCAAUGGUGGGUUGGUGGAUGGAGAGGUGCCUGAGCUGCCACCUCCACUCUGGUCCCCUCCAGGGAAACACCUGGUCACUGAAGUGUGA